AGAGCGGCUAGGAGUUAACAACCGGUGACCACGUGCUUCCGCACGAACCAGCAGGUCAGCUGAUUCAAACGGCACGCGGAAACCGUAAAGCAAAACAGAAGCUCUUCCAAAAGUAACCGGGCUACAUCCACAGACAGCCGCUUUUCAUGUUGGUUCCGAGCCGCCAGCGAGGUUCUGCAGAACUCUGACCCACUGAGCUGUCACCCCAGGAGGAAACUAUCACUAUGGCUCACAACGAGUCGCAGGUCGCUCUGAAUGGGACUCAAGUUUCCUACAUCGGACACGACGCAGAGGAGGUUCCAGUCUUCCUCGGAGACAUGUAUGGACAGUUUGCCAAACGACUGGAUCUGAGUUUCAAUCAGCUCAGGUCACUGGCAGGCCUCAAAAUGUUCACUGAGCUGGAAGAGUUGAUCGUCGACAACAAUCAGCUUGGAAAUGACCUCCAGUUGCCCAGGUUAUGCAACCUGCACACCCUGACACUCAAUAAGAACCAACUGACUGAUAUCGAAGUCCUGCUGGAACACUUGGCUGAUCUGACCCCAUCACUUCAGUACCUAAGCCUGCUGGGAAACGAGGCCUGCCCCAACCAGCUGGUUAGCCCGGAUAAGGAUGAAGACGACUACCAGAGAUACAGGUACUUUGUUCUGUAUAAACUGCCCCAGUUGAAGUUUCUGGACUCCAGGAAAGUAACCAAAGAAGAGCUGAUGGAAGCUCAGGCAAGAGGGGCAUUCAUGAAAGUCGUCAAGCCGAAGUCAGAAGCUCCAUGCAAUGAGGCUGGACUUGAGAAUCAACCUUUGCCAUACACACCUCUACCUCAAGGAUCCAGAGAUGCCAAGAACCACAAAGCUCCAGAGUGAAGCCACGACCAGCUGUUUGAAGAUUUCAGUCGAGCAAACAGCAGUCUGAUCUUCACUACUGUCGCCUGUAUACGUUUCAAGCACUUCCAGACAGGCAACCAGACACUCCUCUUCAAUCUGCGAUCUCCAAGUGCAAAUGCCAAGUGCAGCGUCACUUCAAACCCCCAUCAGUCCUUUGGUUCGAAAUCAAUAACACAGCAUGAUAUUAGUGCAAAUCAAUGCUCACACUGCAAGCUGUGGCUAUUCCGAGCGUGUGGAAUUUCAUUAACGUUUGAACAAUUCUUGUCUGUCACUUGAUUCUGCUAAUAAAAGAUAAGAAACAUGACUUUGCCUUCUAAUAAAAUGUCACUCUCUGACAUUUCAUUUAUGCAACUGGGCAGUCAGAAUAUCUAAUAGCAUUCGCCACUGCACAUUCUACAAAUUAUUUGCUCAUCCUCAACACACAUUUUAAAAUACCACAUCAAAAAUUAGGCAUUCCUGGCUACUUCGAUACACACCCUACGACAAUAAACUUAAAU